CGAAUUAAGCUUGACACCCGCGACCUGCCUCACCUAGACCGAACCCAGCACAUCCAUUAUCGAAGUCUCGAUAUUAACUUCCAAGUUUAACCCAUCGUCUUCAUUAAAGAGCACCUUUUCGCCCAUCAGUUGGACUCUCUAGUCAAUCUUAUUUUAUCUGCGAGAGAAUAUCCCCAUCCCCGACGAACCUGAUUCAUCGCGACACCUAUUACGACCGAUCGCACCGAGGCGCUCUUGCCGCUUGACCUCGCCGAGCCGGUCCUACUUCUAAUUUUACACAACCAUGGCGACGGCAACAGCCACGCCGCAGACCAACGGUGUCCUGGGCCCCUCAUCCUCUGCCGGCUCCGGCUCCCAGACCGUAGGCGGCACACAAUCACAACCCGCCAACGCCACACCCAGCCAAGCGGCGGGCUCACAACCGCCCACCCAGCACGCAACCCAGUCACAGACGCAACAGCCGUCACAACAACAGCACCCCCAGCACCCCACAUCCACCAGCGCCGCCGCGCCCCGGCCACGCGACUCGCGCACCCUCGAGCUCCUCCUAACAGCGCAGGGCGUGACGGCUUUCGAGUCGCGCGUGCCGCUCCUCCUCCUCGACUUCGCGUACCGGCACACGUCGUCGGUCCUCUCGGACGCGCUCCACCUUGCCGCCGACCCGUACACCUCGCAGGCAGGCGCCCGCCCCAGCGCCACCUCGGGCGCCGCCCCCGUCAACGCCGGCGACGCCGCCGUCUCCGCGAAUGCCGUCCAGCUCGCCAUCGCCAGCCGCCUCGGCUACCAGUUCCGCGGCGGCGGUGGCGCCGGCUCCGCCGCCGGCGGCGUGUCCAAGGACUGGAUGAUGGAGCUCGCGCGCGAGCGCAACAGGGUCGCGCUGCCGCGCGUCGCGCCCAGCGAAUGGGGCGUCCGGCUGCCCAACGAGCGGUUCGUCCUCAGCGGCGUCAGCUGGGGCCUGAAGGAGGCGUGGGAGGGGGCUGGAGACGGGGAGGACAGCGAGGGCUACGACGAUGACGAGUCCGGGGAGGCGAUGGAGGGCGUGGAAACGGCGGCGGCCGAUGCGGAGGACGAGGGAGGCGAUGGCAUCGAGGGGGGAACGAUGGCGGAUGUAUUUGGGGAUGAGGUUGAGGCUGGAGAUAUGGAGAUGGCCGAGGAGUGAAGACCUCUGUCAGCCUCCUCCGAAAUGCCUUCUUUUAGGCCCUUACGAAGCGUUUGUUUUCAAUGAUUGGGUACCCUGAUCUGUUACGUGAGCUCACUAGAGAGCGAAUCCAUUUUCAGAGCAGGGCCCGCCGGCACGGUUAAAGACCCCACUGCCAUCGACAGGAAGAGGCAGCAAAAAGAAGAUGGGACACGAUGAAAUGAUCUGGGCUCGGGCAGUACCUUGCUGUGUGUACAGCGCACCCGACUGUAUUUGUAUGAUCUACCUAAUACAAGAACGAGAGAAACAAGGAUGCAAUGCG